AUGUUCUCCGUGACAUUCUGGUCCUCCAGCACUGGUUUUGUAGGCAUAAAUGGAGUCUGGGAAAACCAACUGAAGUUAUUUGCCAAUAUAUUUCCCUCAUUGGGUUUGUGGACAGCCGAGGAGGUUUCAAACCCUACCCAAGUAGCCUUUUUUUACAACAAUGAGACUGUACGGUAUCAAAAAGUAGCAGAAACAAACUCUAAGCAUCCCUGUAACUCCAAGUCCCCUUCAGAGCUGUGCUUUGUGUGGUCGACGCGAAACUGGUCGACGACGAGCACCACCUUGUUGCCACUGCAGGGAAAUGUGUUUGUCCAACCUAACGAGUAUGAAUUCAACGGCGUGCGCCGCCAGCACUGGACGCUGCUCAUGCAUGAAGGCACCAUGGUGGACGGACAGAAAGCAAAAUUCAUGUUUCGAGGAGCAUGGGAUAACCUAUCCUCCACAGAGGGAAGGUGGAUGGGUAUCGGUUAUAGCACACGGGACUCCAAGAUGCGAAGUAUUCGCACAUGGACCAACGAAAGCGAUAAAGACCUGUACUACCGGUUGACUUCAAAGUACUUCAGUGGCGAUCUUACCAGUGUGGAGGCCGCCAAGUUGUUCAACAGAGUCUACGAUAUUGAGCAAAAGAAACAGAACACUACUAAUGGCGCUGGAAAAGAAGAUCGGGAUACAGGUAAAAACAUCCUUACUUAUACAGACGUCACCGAUACUUCCUGUGUGUGGCUUGGUGAGAUCGCUUUCGGUAAUUCAACGGGUACAGUGGGGCAUAUGUGGUCUACCUGUGGUGAUGCUAUCAGUUGGUCUUCAAGCAUGCAGAGCUUCCGCGCCUGGUCGCGCCUCACAAAUUGGUAUGCUAUUGGCCUCCUCUUUCUCCAGGCGAUACCGAUGCUAUGGGGGUGCUGGCACCAAUUGCAGUGGAUCCGACACUCCCGCACUUAUACACUUCGAGUGAGUCUGCUUCAGGUUCUAUUCCUUCUUUUCUGGACAUCCUUUUACGGCAAGGCGAUACAGAGGUUCUCCGUCUACAUGCCACUCUCAUGGAAACUCAUGCGCCUUAUCGAAGUCUUUUCCUUGUUCAAUCAGGUUUUACAAUGGGCUCUGCUUAGUAGCAUCUACCAGGAACAGAUGAACUACCUCAACCGCAGCCCUAAUGAAUUCGAUAAUGGCCUAUUCCAAUCCCUGCUUAUCAUUCAGACCGGUCUCCUGUCGUGGGAUUUAUUGUCGGAAUAUCUGACGAAUGCGUGGUUUUUAGGCAUCUCGUUGUCGCUCUUCUGGCUGCCGCAGGUCGUUCACUUUUUCACCUCGAACGGCUGGGCAGGUUUGACGACACCUUUUAUCCUAGGCAGCGCCUCGCUCGGCAUGGUGCCGAUGGUGCUCGUGCUUGGAUGGUCUCCGGAGCCGUGGGAGCUGCCGAAGGGGGCGUGGAAUCGGCUUUUUCUGGCGACGGUAGUGCUCUCGCUGCAGACCGUCAUCCUAACCACCCUGCGGUGGAAGGCGAAUCGCUAUAUACUACCGCAUUGGUUGGCACCAUGGCGCCACAGGUACGUCGCCUCGCUUGAAAUUCAGAAUAUCGCUUUGCAAGAGACUCCUCUCUGCCCUAUUUGCCGUAAUAAUCUCCGUGAAGGAUGGGAUGAGUCGGAUGAGCUCUGGCGUACGCCGUGCAAUCACUUCUUUCACAAAUCAUGCCUACAGCGAUGGAUGGACGAAAGCCACAAUUGCCCACUAUGUCGACGAUUCCUUCCUGAACCGUAA